AUGGGCAUCACCGGACUUCUCCCCCACCUCAAGGAGAUCCAAGAGCUGACGUCGUUGGAGCGUUUCAGAGGAAAGACCCUCGCCAUCGAUACCUACGGUUGGCUCCACCGCGGGUUGAUUUCGUGUGCCCAGGAGCUCUGCCAGGGCCAGCCCACCCGCAAGUACAUCAACUCGAUCUUGAAGAAGGUGGAGAUGUUGCGGUACUUUGGUGUGGAGCCCUACUUCGUGUUCGAUGGCGCCUCAUUGCCCACCAAGGCUGAGACUGCAAAAGACCGGCGCUUGAAGCGAGAAGAGGCCCAGAAGAAGGCUGACGAGCUUACCCGCACAGGCAACCACAAGCUAGCAUGGAAGGAGUUCAUGAAGGCCGCCUGCGUGACCCACGAGAUGGCCAAGUCCAUUAUGGUCGAGUUGGACGCUCUCCACAUCCGCUACGUGGUGGCUCCCUACGAGGCCGACCCACAGAUGGUGUAUUUGGAGAAGAUUGGCGUGGUCGACGGCAUCCUCUCGGAAGAUUCUGACUUGUUGAUCUUCGGCUGCAACCGCCUCAUUACCAAGUUGAAGGAUGACUCCAGCUGUGUGGAGAUCUGCAGAGAUCGCUUUGGCGACGUCAAGCUGGUGCCUCACUUGGCCACCUUCUCUGACGACCAGUUGCGCAUGGUGGCAUUGUUGUCAGGGUGUGACUACACCAAGGGAAUUCCCGGUGUGGGAAUCAAAUCUGCCUUCAACUUGAUCAAAAAAUUCAACACCUUGGACAAGAUUGUGCUUGCAUUGAAGUCGGACGGCAAAACCGUUCCAGACGACUAUUUUGAAGAGGUUAACCGGGCAAACUUGGCUUUCCAGUUCCAAAAGGUGUUUGACCCCCGUGACCAAACCCUCAAAACCUUGAACGAAUACCCUGCAGAUGCAGAGUUCAACAUGGAGGUGGUGGAGUUAUGUUGUGGUCUUACUCUCAAUAACGAAUUGUACAGAAAGAUUUGUAAUGGAUUAGUCCAUCCAAAUAACCACACCCAAUUAGUCUCAAGAGAGCAGAACUUGACUUUUCUUAAAAGUAAGUCAAUCAACCUUGGUAUUAAGCCCCAAGCUACCAAAACCGUUCAAUCCGCACAAAGAACCAGGUCAGCAAUCAUAAAGCCGUCCGAAUCAAAAAUGAAGUCUGUUCUCGACCUUUUAAAGACAUCAAAAGUAAAGAAAGAAGAGAUACGAGAGCCCCAAACUCCCGCAAGGGGAAUUAAGAGAGUCAUCUCCCUCAUUUCCCCAACCUCCAAGAAGUUGGCUAGAAUAAGUGGUGACCCUGCAUCGCCAACCAAAAAGGCCAGCAAAUUCUUUGGCAAUAAAACUCCUCCAUCACAAGACUUGCCUACCCCUGUAUCUGGAAAGCAGACUGCGUGGGAUUCUAGCAUGGUGUCAGGUGAUUCUGACUUUACAGAGGAAUUCUCUUCACCUGUCGCUCACCGCAUAACUCAAACCGUUAUUGAAAAUUUGACAGACAAUGAUGAUGACGAUAUCGAUGGUGCAGCCCAAAGAAAUUUGUCAGUUGAUUCAGUCGAAGACUCUGUUCCGAGGGAAACCACCGUUGCAAACCCCUCUAAGUUUAUUGAGUUGGAUGAAGAGUUUGGAAUUGAGGAUGAUGAGAUCGAGGAAUCACCUCAGAAACCGGCCCCUAAGUCCGAUAACCUAUCCAAAUUUUGCAUUUCCUUGAGACAAAGUUAUCUGUAUCAAGAAUCAGUGAAAGUGGAAACUACUAACAUUUUUAGCAAUACCUUGCUUCCCAAGCGAGCAAAACCAAUGGAGAAACUACCUACUCCCACCAACUCUGACGAAAUUCAAGAGGAUGACUUUGAGAUUAGCGAAGACGAGUCUCAGGCUGAUCGCAAGCCCGUGCUCACUGCUGUGAAUAUCAACACGGACUCCAGAAUAUCCAAGAUCGCCUCAAGUUACACCAAAAAGAUAGAGGCUAUGCCCACCGCACCCGCACGUCAGUCGGUCAAUUUGAGACAAUUUGCAUUCAGAGGAUAG